GGUGUCAAUCCUGUCGCUCGCCUACUUAGAGACCGCCCGGCUCCUCGCCCUGCCAAGUCAUGUCACACUCGCCCACGUCAAACUCGCUCUGGAAACGGCCCUCGGACUCCAGCCUCAAGCUCUACUCGUCCCAGCCCUCGCUCCAAGUCCCUGCUGUCUGCGACGCCGGCCGCCCCCCGCCAGUCAAGUACAUGUCAACACCCGCCUACCAGAGCCCGUUACGCCACCACAAGCGCGCCGCCUCGUCGACGAGACGUGUCAAGGAAACGCUGAAUGCGCGCUCCGAGUACAGCAACAGCGAAGAUGACGGCAGCGCCCAACAUCGCAUCAACCAGUACCUGGUCAAGCAGGAGAUUGGCCGCGGCUCGUUUGGAGCGGUCCACCUCGCCGUAGACCAGUAUGGCCAAGAAUAUGCUGUCAAGGAGUUCUCCAAGUCGAGACUGCGAAAACGCGCACAGUCGAAUCUCCUCCGCCGGCCGGCGGCGUCGAAGCGCAUGCGUGCUCUGCCGGCUGGCAUAGGCUUCAAUUCCCCGCUCCACCGCCACUCGACAACCGAGGAGAACAAUGCCUUUGAGCUCAUCAAGGAGGAGAUUGCCAUUAUGAAGAAGCUCAACCACCCCAACCUUGUCACGCUGAUUGAAGUGCUCGACGACCCCGAAGAGGACUCGCUGUACAUGGUCAUGGAAAUGUGCAAAAAGGGCGUUGUCAUGCAAGUCGGCCUCGAGGAGCGCGCCGACCCGUACAGCGAAGAGCAGUGUCGGUGUUGGUUCAGAGACAUGAUCUUGGGUCUCGAGUACCUACACGCCCAGGGUAUCAUCCAUCGAGAUAUCAAGCCUGACAACUGCCUGGUCACCGAGGAAGAUGUUUUGAAAAUCGUCGAUUUCGGAGUCUCGGAAAUGUUCGACAAGGAAGGCGAGAUGAAGACUGCCAAGUCGGCUGGCUCGCCGGCUUUCAUGCCGCCCGAGCUGUGCGUGGCCAAGCACGGUCAAGUCUCUGGAAGAGCUGCAGACAUAUGGUCGAUGGGAUGCACGCUAUACUGUCUUUUGUUUGGAAGGAUACCAUUUGAGAAGCACGGCAUGAUUGAACUGUACCAGUCGAUACGGCUAGACCCAAUAGAGUUCGACACUGAAUGCGGCGACGACCUCAAAGACCUGCUACUGAGACUGAUGGAGAAGGAUCCGCAGAAGCGAAUAACCAUGGAGCAGAUCAGGGAACAUCCAUGGGUCACACGACAAGGAACUGACCCUUUACUGCCAAAGUCUGAGAACGUCGCCGUCAUCAUUGAGCCACCGACAGACGAGGAGGUCAAUGCAGCUAUCACGGGCAACAUGGGCCAUCUAGUCACAGUGGUGCGUGCUGUGAAGCGCUUCAAGCAACUAUUAUUUAGGCGACGGCCAGACCGCAUAGAAAGUAUACUAGGUAGUGCCUCGCGCAUCGUUCAGCCUCCCCUAUCUAUGCGACCGUCGGCAUUGCGCAAAUCAAAAUCACAAGACACACAUGAUCGCAGACCAGUCGAGGGCGCGCUUUCUGCCGAGGGCGUGCACCACCAAAUCAAGGUUGACGACAAAGGACUCAGGCUGCCACAUAACAUGGAUGACAUGGCAUACACCAAGUCUGGGAAGCGCCCUGGUAGGCUCACCGCAUCUAACAGCCCGACUAUACAGAGUCCUUCAAGUCUCGGGGAAGGUAGAAUCACGCAUGAAAACCUGUCGAUCCGGCCUGGCCCUGUUCAUUCCAUUUCAACCCCCACAGGCACCAUUGCCUCGGCAUCAUCGCCAACAACACCCAUUGGUAAAGGACAUGCGCAUAACCCGCUAGAAGACACCCUUUUCCUCAAUAUCGGAACUGGCGAGAACUUUCAACCAGCGCCCGAGGACGGAUGUGUCGUCUCCGAAUCGCCCUCCAACGUCGACAUCAAUGUCUAUGAAGCGGCUUACGAAGAAGAGGUGCAGCGUAUUAUUGCACAGCGUCGGGACCAGCACAACAACCGCCGGCCAACACUUUACCUCACGCGACGUGUCGAAAAUGUCAAGUCGAUUCGUGACAGCGACGCCAUCUUUGAUGAAGGCCAGGACCUGCGUCAGAACAUCAAGGUCAGUCUCAAGAGCUUUGUUACCAAGACAAAAGAGGAUAUCGAGGCGCGAGGCGAGCUGCAGAAGAUACAAGACGGCAAGGAAGGAAAGCUGAGCAGGACCAUGCGUAACGUGAGAGAGGCUAAGAGACUUGUCGAGGAGGCACGAGAACGUGUCAAGACGGAAGAGCGAGAGCGAGAGAGGGAGAGGAGCAGGAGCGCAACGCCGCUUCCUCGGAACAAUAGCUCUGCCAGUGCGCUCAGUCGGAGUGGCACACCUGUGCAGAGUUGAGCAGUGCCCGGGGAUUACGUGUACCAACCCGGGCUUCUCUAGUGUUACACGGCACCUUGUACAGAUAAAGGCCAGCAUUUCGUACCAUGUGUAACGGGCUGAACGCCCUUUAGAUAGCUCCUCGAUGGAAUCUCGGUCAAGCAGCAGACGCCAGGUCUUACUCUGCAACCCGGCAUCUGUGCGAGGCCUGAGCGGCGCCCAGACGACGCGCUCAGACACUCGGUGCAACCUUUCUCCGACAAGUAAAUAAA